CGCCCGCGUCGCACGACCAGUUCACGUCCGUCGACCGUCGUAUAUCGUUUGUCGUUGCUGGUCCGCGUUCGUCUCGUCCAUCUCGCCGGCACGUGAAUCGUUACGUUUAAAUCGCACCCCGUGCGUUGCACCCAAACACCGUUUACGGUUUUAGUUCGUUUUUUUUUCUUCGAACUUAUUACGAUCGUGGUCGUUUUUACUGCACGACGGGUUUCAACCAUACGCGUGUUUUUUUUUAAUUUGUAUUUAAUUUUUUCGUUUUCGUUGGCAAUUCGCAUCGGUGGCCCUGAUUUCGGUGAAAAAUCAUACGAAUAGGAAUUUCCAAGUUUCGCAGUGAGGCGGACCACGAUACCCGCCACAUUGUGUCGUCGGAACGUGAUAACGCACACGUACUCGACGACGACGGGCGAGUCAUGAGGGAAAAACAGUCGAGUGCUCACGUUCCCUGUACGACCCGGCCGUCGUCCGGCAGCCGUCGCCGCCACUGAUCCGUCGCUCGCGACCACGAGCAACGACGUGGUUCGCCGCCACACCACCACCACCGCCGCCGCCAUAACCACUGCCACCGCCGAGGUACCAUCGUGGGUGGUACGUAGCGCGACGAGACAAUGAAAAUCGCGUCGUACCUGUACCGGCGCAAGUCCGCGCUGCUCAAAGGCCUGGUGCUCGGCUGCACCGUUUGGCUCACUGUCACCGUGCUGCUGUUCGUAGAGGACAGGCGCAUCACACCGGCGUCCAACGACGCGCCGUCGGCCGUCGGCGCGAGCUACCAGCAGCUACCGGUCGCGGCGGCGCAGCGUCUGUCGGCCGCAGCUGCCACCGCAGACGACGGCGAUAACCGGCUGCUGGACGACGAAUUCCCGCUCGAGGGCGGCGUGGAACAGCAACCGGCCGCGGUCAUCAUCCAGCAGCAGCAGCCGUCCGCGGCUAGGACGUCAUCGAAACGGUCCCACGCGGCAGCCGAUCUACAAAACGGCCAAGGAGUCUUACCGCAGCCGAACGACGACGGUGACGGCCGCAAGGCUUACGGCGAGAUGGGCAAACCCGUUGUGUUGCCCGCCAACCUGACGGCAGACGUCAAGCGGCUCGUCGACGAAGGAUGGAAGAACAACGCGUUCAACCAGUACGCCAGUGAUCUCAUAUCGCUGCACAGAUCAUUGCCGGAUCCCAGGGACGAAUGGUGUAAAAAACCAGGCAGGUAUUUGGAUAACCUACCUCAGACGUCCGUUGUCGUGUGUUUUCACAACGAAGCGUGGUCCGUGUUGUUGCGAACCGUCCAUUCUAUCCUGGACCGGUCGCCGGAACAUCUCAUCCGGGAAAUUAUUCUAGUUGAUGAUUUUUCCGACAUGCCUCAUCUCAAAACCCAGCUGGAGGAGUACUUGGAAAACUAUCCUAAAGUAAAGAUCGUUCGCGCCAAAAAAAGAGAAGGGUUGAUACGAGCCAGACUGAUGGGUGCGCGGUACGCCUCCGCACCCGUUCUCACUUACCUCGAUUCACAUUGCGAAUGCACCGAAGGCUGGCUUGAGCCAUUGUUGGACAGGAUAGCAAGAGAAGCAUCCACCGUUGUGUGUCCGGUUAUCGAUGUUAUUGACGAUUCGUCGCUGGAGUUCCAUUACAGAGACGCUGGUGGCGUGAACGUAGGAGGAUUCGACUGGAAUUUACAGUUCAAUUGGCACGUGGUACCGGACCGGGAGAAAAAACGGCACAAAAACCCCGCGGAACCGGUGUGGUCGCCGACAAUGGCCGGCGGACUAUUCGCCAUCGACAAGAAGUUUUUCGAGCGCCUCGGCACCUACGACAGUGGUUUCGACAUAUGGGGAGGUGAAAACUUGGAGCUUUCGUUCAAGACAUGGAUGUGCGGUGGAACAUUGGAAAUCGUUCCGUGUUCACACGUCGGUCACAUAUUCAGAAAACGAUCGCCGUACAAGUGGCGGACAGGCGUCAACGUAUUGAAAAAGAAUUCUAUCCGACUGGCCGAGGUGUGGAUGGACGAUUACGCAAAGUACUACUACGAACGGAUCGGCAACGACCUGGGUGAUUAUGGUGAUAUUACGUCACGCAAAGAGCUGAGAAGAAAAUUGAAAUGCAAGUCAUUCAAAUGGUAUUUGGAAAAUAUAUACCCGGAACUUUUCAUACCCGGCGAUGCUGUGGCGUCCGGAGAGGUACGCAAUUUAGGAUACGGCAACAAAACUUGUCUGGACUCACCGGCCAGAAAGACCGACCUCAACAAACCGGCUGGACUGUACCCCUGCCACAAAAUGGGUGGCAAUCAGUAUUGGAUGCUCAGUAAAAUAGGUGAGAUCAGGCGAGACGAGUCGUGCUUGGACUACGCCGGACUCGACGUGAUCUUAUACCCGUGCCAUGGAUCUAAGGGCAAUCAGUACUGGAGUUACGAUCCACAUUCCAAACAAUUGCGGCACGGUAGCAGUAGAAAGUGUCUGGCCAUCAACGACACUAAAGACAAGCUGCUCAUGGAAGAAUGCGACGUGACGUUGCCCAAACAAAUGUGGCAAUUCGAAAACUACAACGCGACGUUGGCCACCGAGGACAGUCACAUGAGGCAUUGAAGACUUCUAACGAAAAUUAAUUGAUUAGAAUUACCUCUUAUUAUAAUUAUUUUUUUUGUUGAUCAAAAUUUUCCGGGUCGCGAUACUUCCGCUCCUCCCUCCACUCUUGUGGAAAUUUCUGUUUUUAUUAUUCUUAUUAUUAUUAUUAUCAUAUAUACUGUAUACUGUCAUUCGAACAAAACGAAAAACGUUUUUCGCGCUCAAACGGAUUACGACGUAUUGAACACAAAGCGUUCUAUUUUAUAUAAACUGCAUUCGUAUAUAUUUAUAGAAUAUUAAUUAUCAAUCGAAUAUUUACUACAAUAACGAUUGUACUUAACCAGUAUUACGGCUGUACGACGAACAACACAUUCCCCGUGACAUAUCCUCGGUUAUCUUUUUUUUUUUAUACAUAUACCCUUUUGUCGAAUUAAUUUUUUUCUACUUAAGAAAU